AUGGCGAAAAUAUUUUACAACAGUAUGGCUACUGUCCUCAACCUUUCUUUAUGAAAUGUUGGCAACACAUAUCAGGUUGUAAACAAAAACUUAUAACACUGUUAAUGUUGGGCGGGUUUUGUAUUUUUAGUCAAGUUAUUGCUUUAUUAUGAUAUUAAAUUUUAACUUACAGAACGUUUUUUCAGAAAUUAUCGGCGUGAUUGGUGUGUUUUGAAGUUUAGUUAACGGAUCACAAGAAAUUCUAUGGCAAUUCUUCUUUAUUUGGAAUAUGCCGUCGCUGCUGUGAUUAGGUAUUGGUUGAUAAAUUCUGACUACAGAGAAACAAUAGCUGACAGAGUGGAAGUUUCGACCCCGUUAAAUUCUUGGAAGAAAGUGACGGAAGGCGUGCACCUCCGCGAUGAGGGCGUGGACCCCUAUGCGGGCGACCUGUUCCACGAGAGCCCCCUGGGGCUGGUGGCGUACGGCUGGCUGAUACGGGGUCUCUCCUCCUGGCUGGGCCCCGUCUUCGUCGCCUGCGACCUCGCCACCGCCCACCUACUCUACUGUACCGCGCGCUGCUACAUGGCUCAGCUGCGCGAGCGGCAGGCGCGGGAGAGGUGCCACUAUGCCACGGACUGCGAGGCUCUGCUCCUGAAGGAGGAGGGGUUGGAGCUGGCCCCCGUCUACGUCGCCUCCGCCUACCUGUUCAACCCCUACAACGUGCUGAGCUGCGUGGGCAUGACCACCACGGUGUUCGCCAACCUCUGCCUGGCCGCCACGUUUCUCUUCAUGGUGCAGGGGCGCAGGCUGCCGUGCUGCUUCUUCCUCGCGGUGGCGACACUGCAGUCCCUCUACCCCGCCGUCUUGCUCGUCCCGGCCAGCAUCUACGUUGCCCGUCAGGCCGGGCACAUGCGCCUCGACCGGCAAGCCCUGUCGUCCGCCUGCCUCACCUGCCUCGCGUUCCUAGCGAUGCUGGGGGCGCUGCUGUGGGCGUGCUGGCGGCUCACCCGGUCAUGGGACUUCCUCGCUGAAACAUACGGCUUCAUCCUGAACGUGCCGGACCUGCGCCCCAACAUCGGCCUCUUCUGGUACUUCUUCACGGAGAUGUUCGAGCACUUCCGGCCGCUGUUCGUCUGCGCGUUCCAGAUCAAUGCGGCAGCGCUGUACGCCGCCUCGCUCGCGCUGCGCCUGCACGCCGAGCCCAUGCUGCUGGCCGCCAGCCUCACGGCCCUCUCGGCCGUGUUCCGGUCCUACCCCGGCCUGGGCGACGUGGGCUUCUACCUCGCGCUGCUGCCCAUGUGGAAGCACCUCUUCAACUAUAUGCAACAAGGGUUUGUGGUUGGUUGCUUUUUCCUCAUCACCUCGGUCCUGGCACCGAUCGUUUGGCACCUGUGGAUCUAUUCUCGUUCCGCCAAUGCGAACUUUUACUUUGGCGUGACGCUGGCAUUUGCUACGGCCCAGAUCUUCCUCAUCACUGACAUCUUGUUCGCGUACAUCAAGCGGGAGUUCUCCUUGUACCACGGCCUGCGCAGGGAACUGAAUGGCAAGCCGGCCAAGCUGGUGCUGGAGUAGGCAAGACGUGCGCGCGGGCGUGGGUUGCAUGUUAACUGUGAGUUUCACAAUUGCAUGUCAUGCUCAACGAGUUUCUCCUGACAUUUCACAGUGGAACGACGGAUUGUGAGUGACGAGUGAUACAUUCGUGCUACCCACUCCAGCUUUAGCCAUUUUGCCAUAACUGUGAGAAUAUUUAAAGAUAAAACAGUAAAUAAGGAACAAAAAACAUACUUUCAUUUUUAACUAAACGUACCUCACAACAUUAUAUUAGUGUUUGCAUACAGUUACAUCACCUAGAUUUUUUUACUGUGAACAUGUUAUUAACCUCGACUAUUUAUGCGCUUCUCGGCUAAAAGUAAACAAGCUAUAAUGGUGUUUUGGCUGCUCACGCAACUCUCUGAUUGGUUGGAGCUCAUUUUGACGUGCUAUUGUGAAACCUGUUUUAGCCGUUCUUGAUGGACAGUGCGAGCUAAUGUCACGGGAAAAUGUCGGGAGUGAAGCAGGGGACAUGUGUGAAGUGCUCAGUUUGUUUCGUUGAAUUGUGACACUUGUGAGAGAACAAGGAAAGUAACUGUAAAUUUGUCAUGAUUUGGACUGUCAUUUUGUUACUUGAUUAUGUAUGUUUUAUCCAUUUUGUAGAGUAUUUAUUUACUUGAACAGUACAAAACUCCUAUUGCCAGGAA